AAGGCGUAGCGUAGGUAGCUCAGCCUCAUAUGAUAGCAAUCGUCCCCUUCCCUCUGUCCGAAAAGCCUCUUGGCAAAUCUACGACAGCGUCGAAAAUGGAAGACGACGCCGAGGCCGCGAAGCAGCUGAAGAAGCUGAGCAUAUACAGUGCGGCGAGGAUCAUAAAGCGGAGGGACAACAGCCUCUACAACGCCCUGAGAUCGAUCUACGAGGACUCCAUCUUCGUCGCCGAGAUCUCCCAGCUCUGGCCGAGCCUCCCCUUGGUCGCCAACCUCCGGUGCGGCCUCUGGUACUCCUCCGCCUUCCACGCCACCUGCUACUUCAAGUCCACCGACGGCCACACCAACAACUUGUCCUUCAACACCUCUCGGCUCAAUCUCCACGUCGCCCUCCUCGCCGGACAGAAAGGAGGAUGUAUCGUCAUCGAUUCAACUCGGAAAGGGAAGAGGUUUCCUGACAGCAUGUCGAAGACGAUACCCAUCUGGACGUGCGUCAUGAAUAGAGCUAUUGUCAAUUACAGGAGGAAAAUGUGCAGUGAUGGCCUUAUUUCAAAAGGGGGUUUAGAUAAAUCUAAUCAACAUGAAAAUAGCGAGGGACAGGCUCCUUUGGAUUGGGAUUGUUCCUUGCAUCUUCCUUUGUGGGUUUCUGAGACAGAACGGUCAACUAUCGAGAAACGCUUGGAAAGUUGGACUCAUCAGUUGGAAGCCAGUGGGGCUGAUAUUAGUUCGAUUGCCUCAUGCUUGAGGAAGCCCCUGCGUCCAUUAUGGGUGUCACAGAGAACUGUUAUUUGGUUGAAUGAAGUGCCUGAUCAUGAUUCUUGGGAUUUUACACCAAUCAUACUUGUUUCUGCUUCUUGCUCAAGUGGAACUGCCCAACACAAGACUACUUCAGAGUUCAGCUGGAACUACAUAGCAGGGGCUGGAGAUGAUGAGGAAAGCUGGGCUAGGGGUUUAUCACCAUCUCUUUUCUGGGAAAAUGUGUAUGAUAUCAUAGAAAGUGGUCCUGCUUUGUGCAAUCGGAAGGUAGCUGAUAUAGUAGAGAAGCAUAGAGUUUACCUAUCUCAAAGGGGGCAUACUGCCCCUCAGGUCAAAGUCAAGGGUCCGAAAUUGCCUGGGAGUACAUGCAAUCUUUCUUGUGACGAACCGCCCCUAGCUUCAGAGAUGGCUAAUGCUGAAGUUGAUCCUAAGUCUUCCCAUAAAAAUUGCCCCAUAACUUGGCUGGGUUCGACAAAUCUCGCUAUGUGCUCAACUCAAUUCUCUGCAGAAGCAUCUGGUGUUGAUUGCAUCUUGAAUUGUUCUCAUGAGUCUAUUUCUGUCUCUUUACAAAGUACUGAGGCAUGUCUACAUCUUCCAAUGCUGAACUCAAAACAAGAUCGGUUCUCCCUAUUAAGCAAUCUUCAGACAGCGGUAAACUUUGCAAGGUCGAAUCUAAGCAAAGGGAAGACUUUUCUCAUCUGUUGUCAGAAUGGGGAGGACAUCAGUGUAUGCACUUGUCUAGCAAUCCUAAUGUCGUUAUUUGAUGAUCAAGGAACCUAUGAUGAUGGAAAAUCCUUUAGCGGGACAAUUGUUACUAAAUGGGAGAUGCGGCGGCGACUCGUUUAUAUCUGCAAGUUUGCAACAAAUGCGCGACCUUCCCGAGGAAAUCUAAAGCAGGUGUUCAAUUUCCUUACUGGCGGAGGAAGAGCCAGUUCGGAUUCUUAAGAUUAUGGACGUUGCUGCUUCUGUGAAUGCUAAUCGGGCAGGGACAGAUUCUGUCUUCCUUGUUUUUAUUCAACGAGAUUUCUGCAAAGAUCUGGGCAAAUCUCAAGGUUAGAUUGAGCUUCUACCGGUAGUUUGAGUGGUGACUAAUUUAGAUAAGAGUAGAUACUGAAUCUUUGUAAAAUUUGCGAGGGAGGACAUAUUGUGUUGUUGAGCUGCUCAAAAAAGACAAUCAUCUGUAUCAUCGUGAUCACUCACCUUGCAA